AUGUCGACGAAAGUGCAAAGACAAUAUGGUGUUGACCYUCAGACCGAUCGGGUGCCAGAUCAGGCCCAAAAGAUCGCAUCACUGCAGUGCUACACCUCAGCAGACAGAUCCGAUCACCAUACGGGACUUGCUUUGAGGGAUUCAAUCGUCAGCACCAUCUCGCGAAGAACAUCCUCAACACGUGCGACGGCAUCGACAAGACUGCUCCGCAACGCAUUCAACAGCGUGGACAUACUCCACCCACGACAUGCCCGCAGCAAACACUCAUCUACCACGACGACAUCGUCAAUCGCCUGCACCGAUCUAAGCAUCAGCAAUCACGAGGCCAGUUACAACAGCACGCCGACAGCGGGCAUGACCACUUUUCUCCCCACCCUUCACUCCACCCCGCCCAUGCCUACUUUCCAGAAGCCUGGCAUGUACCCUCACAGCUUUUCCACCCCCACUCAAAGUUCAAACUUCACUCGACCACCACUCACACACAACAACAGCAACGAUAGUCCAACCGCCACUCGGCAUUCCGACUUGUCAAUGUCAAACUCUCCGCUCACCAAUGCCGACGGUCACGCCACCGGCUCGAAGUCUUCCAUCAUCGCUCGCCGCUACAACAACUAUGAUCCCGAGAACGCGGUUCCUCACCGCGUCUACAUCCCUCACCGCAGCCCAGAGACUGUCGAUGGCUACCAGCUGACGCCGGCCUCUGAUGACUCGCUGGCCCGUGGCUACAGCUUCAGAACCUACCCAAGAACAUAUAGCACGACGCCGCUCAUCGACCGCCUCCCAGGCACGCCAGCACUUCCUGUGGCCUGGGACAAGACUAUUGACGAGCUCAUCUGCCAGGUAGAUAUCGCUGGCUUCGACCACGCCCGCAUAGUGAAGAAGGUGCGCCAACUGCAUCCGGAACUCGGCGGCGUGCUCACACCCUCUAUGAUCGACAAGCGGCUGCGUCAACUCGACCAGAACAUCGAGAUCGCCUACUGGCGUGAUUCCCUGCGUGCCAAGGACAAGAGUGAUGCGAUAGCACGUGAUGCGAUAGCGCGGGCGCGUGAGUUGAAAGCCCAGGGGUUUGAACGCGAGGGAAGCAGCAUCAACAACGAGCGCGAAUCGCAGCUGCUCCAGAACUAUGCGGACUAUCUGCGAGAGAAGGAAGAUGUUGAUCGGAGCGAGCUGCUUGGCUUCAGUAUCUAUGAUAAAGAAGCCCCGCGUGCCCAUGCAUUGAGGGGAGGAGAAGGCACAGGACCUUCACGUCAYGGGAGUUUUCGCGACAAAGAUGAGGUGGAGAGGCGUCCGCGCACUGUUACUCAGGGUUUUUCGGGCGGCUUCCGGUCACAGAUGCGGUAA